AUGUCGGAGAGACGUAGGAACUCGGGUGAGCUGAACGUGGGGCUUGUGCUAGAGGGUGCUGCUGAAGAAGAAGCUGAAGAGCCAGAUGCUACUAUACAUACUACACUAAGUGAGGAGACCAGCAACCACGAAGAGAGCCACAGUCAAUCAGGGGAUAAAAAUGAAGAGAAGCAGCUGGAAAGCUUAAACAACUACAAGGUAUCACCAAGUUCACCAAACAGUUUGGACGGAGCAGACUUGUCCUCCAUUGACGCCAUGAUGUCAGCAGUGAUGAAUGUGGGGAAGAUUGCUGAAAACGGUGGGAAUUCUCAAAAUGUCAAAUCGCCCUCGAAGUCUCCUGCACCAAAUCGGAUUGGCAGGAGGAACCAGGAAACAAAAGAAGAGAAGUCUUCCUAUACCUGUCCUCUGUGUGAAAAGAUUUGCACUACACAGCACCAGCUAACUAUGCACAUACGUCAGCAUAACACUGACACUGGAGGGACAGACCAUUCCUGCAGCAUCUGUGGAAAGUCUCUGAGCUCAGCGAGCUCCCUUGAUCGCCACAUGCUGGUGCACUCAGGUGAAAGGCCUUAUAAAUGUUCCGUAUGUGGACAGUCCUUCACCACCAAUGGAAACAUGCACAGGCACAUGAAGAUUCAUGAGAAGGAUCCAAACAGCACAGCAAGCACAACUCCCCCAUCGCCGCUGAAGCGCAGGCGAUUAUCUUCAAAACGGAAGUUUAGUCACGAUGCUGAGAUGGACAGAGAGGAGAGGACACCUGCAAAAAAGGUUCUUUACAGGGCAUGA